CGCGACGAUAUGUAUAUAGUUUAUGUACUUUAUCUAGGCUAGUGCGUGCCAGGUUUUCCGCGCACCCCGAUUCAUUCAGUGACGUAAGGGGAAGCGUGCAGUGACGGCCACUUGACGGCGAGUGCUAGUGAAGUUAUACAGAAGAAACCUUGCAGCGAUGUCCGUGAUCGGUUUUGAUUUCGGCAACGAAAACUGUUACAUCGCGGUAGCUCGUGCCGGCGGCAUCGAAACGAUUGCUAAUGAAUACAGUCAACGAGUCACACCGUCGUAUGUGGCAUUCGGGGAGAGGACGCGAGACCUCGGGGUGUCAGCGAAGAACAAACAUGUGACCAACUUAAAGAACACCAUCUUCGGUUUCAAGAGGCUGCAGGGUCGGAAGCUGGGCGACCCGCUCGUGAAGCACGAGUCCACAUUUCUUCCUUACACGCUGGUGGAUCUGGGUGGCGGGCGGAUGGGUGUCAAAGUUCGCUAUUUGAACGAAGAACAAAGCUUUUCCAUCGGACAGGUCACGGCCAUGCUUUUCACGAAGCUUAAAGAGAUCGCCGAGAUGGCUCUUAAGAUCAAAGUGAACGACUGCGUGAUAUCUGUUCCCUUUUUCUUCACCGACGUCGAACGGAGGGCGAUGCUGGACUCUGCGCAGAUCGCGGGCCUCAAUUGCCUGAAGCUGAUGAACGAACCUACUGCCGUGGCCCUAAGCUACGGGUUCUACAAGAACGACCUUCCCGAAGACAAGCCACGGAUCGUGGGGUUCGUGGACAUGGGCCAUUCUGCGCUCCAGGUGGCUAUCGUGGCUUUUAACAAGGACCGGCUGCGCGUUUUGGCACAGGCUUUCGACAAUGUGGGCGGACGGGACUUCGACAUGGUCCUUGUCCGCCAUUUUGUGCAAGAGUUUCGAGAGAGAUACAAGCUGGAAGUGACCUCCAACCGUCGUGCUCUCAUCCGACUGAUUGCCGAAUGUGAGAAGCUCAAGAAACAGAUGAGCGCCAAUCCCCAUGAACUGCCACUGGCUAUAGAAUGCUUCAUGCAAGAUAAAGAUGUGGCCGGCAAGAUGAAACGGGAAGCGUUUGAAGCCAUGGCAGCGGAACUGUUGGCACGGACGGAACGUACGAUGGUGCGCUCUCUGACGGAGGCCCAGCUGCGACCUCAAGACGUGGACGUGGUGGAGCUGGUUGGAGGAUCGACCCGCGUGCCCGCCAUCAAGCUAUUGGUGAAGAAGGUGUUUGCUCGAGAGCCCUCGACCACUCUGAACCAGGACGAGGCAGUGGCCAGGGGAUGCGCCUUGCAGUGUGCAAUGCUGUCACCAAUUUUUAAGGUUCGUGAGUUCAGCAUUGUAGACGUGCAGCCAUACCCGAUCCAACUGCGGUACGACCCGGCCAAGGGGGAAGACGGAGAAAUGGAGGUCUUCCCUCGCCUGCACCAGGUACCCUUCAGCAAGAUGCUGACAUUCUACCGCAGCAAGCCAUUCAUGUUAGAGGCACGCUAUCCACCAGAUGCUGGUGUACCUCAUCCAGAUCAGCAUAUGGGAACUUUCCUCGUCAACAAGGUGGCCCCCGGCAGCGAGGGGGACAGCGCCAAGGUGAAAGUGAAGGUGAGAGUGAACCUUCACGGCAUCUUCUCUGUGGUGUCCGCCUCGAUGAUAGAUCGCACCAAGCCAGACUGUGACCCGCCAGCGACCCAGGCAAGUGGCCCUUCCGCAAACGGAGAACUAGUCGGGGAGGCGGCAGCGGCUGGGGACGAGGCAGUGCCCACGGAGGGUGGCGAACCCGACCUGAAGGCGGCUGAGAACAAGGGUGACGUCAAGAACGAACAGAUCCCGAACAAAGACAAGUCUCGCAAGUCUAGCGUGCAGGCCCUGGAACUCCCCGUUGAGGCCCAGGUGCCCCAGUUGAGCACCGCCGAGCUCAACGACAUGGUGGAGCGAGAGGCAAAGAUGGUGCAGCAGGACCACAUGGAGAAGGAGCGGGUGGACGCCAAGAAUGCCGUAGAGGAGUACGUCUACGAGAUGAGGGACCAUCUCUCGGAGAAGUACCAAAAGUUUGUCAGUCAGCAAGACAAGGAGGCGUUCCUCAAGCUGCUUAAUGCGACGGAGGACUGGCUCUACGCCGACGGAGAGGAAGUGGCAAAGGGACUGUACGUCGAGAAGCUGGAGGCCCUGCGGAAAAUAGGUGGACCCGUAAAGUACCGGUUCCGCGAGAGUGAACUGCGGCCUGUGGCCCUGGAGGAAGUGGGCGGAGCCCUGCAGCGAACACGCAAGUUCCUGGAUUCUGAAGAGUUCAGCAAGGCCCCAGCCGAGGACAAGGAGAGGUUGCGCAAGGCAUUGAACGAGAAGCAGGCGUGGUACGACCAGAGCCUCGGGGCACUGGGGAAGGCCCCCCUGACGCAGGACCCCCCAGUGACCGUGGCACAGUUGAGAGAUGCCCGACAGGCAUUGGACAACCUGGUGUCUGCGGCGUCUGCCAAGUUGAAGGCAGCUCUGCAGCCCACCCCGCCUCCACCAACCCAGCCAACCCCAGCCGAGAGCGGGCCCGCAACGCCCUCCGAGACGGAGGCCACAGAGUCGGAGGAGCACACAGAAAAGAUGGACGUCGACUGAGCAACAGCAGCACGUAGAUGUCGAUGCACCGGUCUCUAGGCAUUCCUGGCACCGCGAGUUCCAUCACUUGCGCAUUUGCAAGGCUGUACAGAGUGUUUCUUUCUCCUCAAACUUUCUCCUGUACAUAACAUCAAGGUUCCCCCCUCCUUUUUUUUUCUCUCUGGUGGUGCAGCAUUGUUUGCAGAUGUACUGCUUUUUUUUCCCCCAAGUUACAAUGUAUGUUAAGUGCUGUGACGGAAGUGAAAAGGAGCAAACCAAUAAAAGUAGACUGCAGUGGACAAAUCUUGGCAAUGUGCCAGAUUUGGCUGGUUUUACACUGUU